UGACAAAUUGUCAAGCUCAGUAAUCAGUUUACAAAAAUAGUAAAAUAGAAAAUUUAUAGGUACCUACGCCUCGAUUUUACGUUUUGUCUUUUGUAGUGUUGCAAAAAUAAGACCGUAUUUUAUAGAAUACCAUGUAAUUUUCCUUGAAAUAUAAAGCAAAAUAAUGGAAGGUCUAACACAAAAUGAAAAGAUUAUAUGGAACUCUUGGGAACAAAAGGCCACAAGAGAUGUUGUUCGCGAAGCAGCUGCAAAGGGGACUCAUAUACGCUUGGCUGUAAAAUAUUUAAUGAACAAAAAUGCUUGGAGCGAAUCAAUAGCUAACGAUUGGUUUAUAGCAGAGGUUAAAGCAUGGACAGUCCAAUUGUUGUUACGGAAGCAAAUCCAUAAAGUGCUUCAUAUUCUUAACAAAGUUGAGAUAAAUCCAGAAGAUCAUCUUAUGACCCUUGCACAGGCAGCAACACAAAUUGAAUACAGGGAUUUCCUAGUUGAGAACUUGCAAAAAAUCUCUAAAGAUAUGAAAAAUGAAAACAUUGGCCGCUGGGAAAACUUUCUAAGACAUUGGAAUCUACUUAGAUAUCUGGAGAAAUCAUUUGAAGUUGAUGGCACAUUUAAACAGAACAAAGUAUUUGGUACUUGCUCUGAUAGAGUCUUUGUCAAUGAGAGUGAAAUUAAAGCGUUAACAAUUGAAAAAAUUGAAAAGUAUCCCAGUGAGUGGAAAAGUAAAAUUGCUACAAGUCUCUUCUUUGAAAAAUUUGAAUUUUCUCUCUUAGAAUUUACAUCACCCACUCAUGCAUGGGUUUAUUUAGUGGAAAAUAAUAAAGCGAUGAUACUGGUGCGUUGGAUUAAUGUUCAGCUCUCAGAAGUAGUCAGAGAUAUGAAUGCUAGAUAUAAUUUCUUUAAUAAUGAGAACUUUAUGAGGAAACUUCUAAAUAUAGAUACUAAAGGCUUUGACAUUAAACUUUUAGACAAAUUGGAUCAAAUAUUUCGUACAUGGCCUAUAACAGAUGAUAUGAUAGAAUUUGUCACAAAAAGCAAUAGUUUCCCUUACACUAAAAUGUGCGUAUAUGAUACAUUAUCUUCUUACGGGAUUGUUAUUGAAGAAGAACGAAAAAACCUAUUUCAAAUUAUUGAGAGAUUGUCACGGACGCAAAACUUAAAAAUGAUUGAUGAUGUAUUGGCCGAAUCUUGUGCAACUUUGACGAUCCAAGAUUUUUAUUUGGAGCUUGCAAAAUAUUUUGUAAAAAAUAAACUUUACAAGGCUCUUACAAUUUGCAUUGAUAGCCACAUGCUGAACAUAGAUUUAUCAAAUGUAGACGUUGAAGCGAAAGAUUGUAUUGAACUCUGGUUAUUAUUUAAAAGCAUAGAACAGACAUCUGAUAGACAAAGUCAUGUUGUCCCUGUAUAUAAAACUUGUCAACAAAUUGCUAAAAAUGAUAUUGAUAAUUAUAUAUCUGCUAAUCCGCAGUUAUUCAUUGGUAUGAUUUUAUUAGAAGACUCUGCAAAUUUGUUUGAUAUAUUUUUGAAGGAAGAUUACUUGGAGUUCAAAGAUUUUAAACUUCCCAAUAAAGGGUAUAGAAAAAAACUUCCACACAUAUAUAAUGUUUAUAAUAAAUAUUGUGAUUCAAGUAAUACAUAUGAGUGUAGAGAUGUUAAUGUGUAUCAAUUGCUCUCUGGCUACCGCGGUCUAGACAUUUCGAAGAUAUUUGAAUUUCAAUUAAUGAAUUUAAACAUAAACCACAUAGCUACUGAUAAAUCUGAUAGACGUAGUUUGGGUAGUCUAUUGUCCCAUGAUGUAGAUAUCAGUGAGCUGAAAUCCCUAUCUCAACGUUCAAUUGAUAUGCCCGAUUUUGCCAAUGAAAAGCUCAUGAAAAAAUAUGGAUAUGAUGCAAAAUUAAAUCACAUGUAUUAUUUAAAGCAAUAUCGUCCCUGUAACGCAAGUCAGGCGUUUGUCUCUCAACAAUAUUUAACACAUAAUCGUCUUCAGGACAAGAACAUAAAGAGUGCUUGUUGCGAAGCGCAUGCUCUGGCCCUACAAAACUGUUUUGAUUCAGCAAUGACAGCAUGUUCUAUAUCUUUCGUAGCCAUGAUCGGCUGUAAUCCAACGAGAUGUAGAGUCCAUAUUUCAGCUGCAAAUAUGAUAAGAGAAUAUCUUGUUUCUCACAAAAAACUGACCGAAUUAGAAGCUUAUAAGCAAGUCGGCGAUUUCAUGGCAAAGUUGAUUCAGAGCCAUGAGGAUACUGCUAAAACAAUACUCAAAUAUUUAGAGGAAAUAACCCUCAUUAAAACAAGGGAGUUGAAGCAAUCCACAGGUAGACAUGACAUGUCGGUGGUACUCUUUGAGUCACAAAUUGUGGUGAAGUUUGCAGUGUUGCAUAAUUUACCAUUACCGGAAAUGCAAUUACGUGAAUUUAUAAAAGAAAAUUCUUGGUUUAACUUUUUGCUUUUCGGCGAUGUAUUUAGAUAUCCACUUAACCAAAUGCUACAACUAUCGCAAGAGUUCGAGAAGAAAUCAUACGCUGAACAUCUGAAGCAUAUAAUGUUGCAUAAAACUGUGGAAGAGGAGAAGGAACACAAGUAUGUUCCGAGCAAUGGACAAAGAAGAUUGAUGAGAAUGAAUUCAGUUGAUUGUAGCCCAACCCAAAGUAUGGUAUUUGAGUUUCCAUCUGACUCGUUCAUGGGGCGGGAACUAUGGGAGGUGGCCGCGGCUUGUCACGGGCCAGAGGAUCCACCGGCAGCUUUGUUAAGAGCUGCUGAUUUGUAUAGAGAGCCCCUGUUGGUACUCAUCGCUAGCUGUUAUGAGCCAAAUGCCGUGGAUGUACUAUGGGCGCAUUGGAUUCUUGCAUCCAUAGAAUUAACUACGUGCAAUCGUCAAGAACUGCAAUCUGAAAUAACUGGAAAGCCUCCGGCUCAAAUGUUUCUGAGACUCGCUAAAAUCUGUCUUAUUGAAGGAUACAUUACCACUCUGUACGAAUCUACGCUCAUAUUCAUGGCGGAUAACUUACUAGCUUUAUUGGCGUUAUUUCUAUAUCGAUGCAUUAGAUUGCGAAUUUUUGAUAAUGAAACAAACAAGUAUUUAAAUAGUUUCCAACAACAAUGCCAAAGGAAAUACAGUUCUGAUACCAAUGGUUCGCCGUGGGAUCUGUCAACCAAAGCCUUACAAAAGAUAUCUGUUGAGCUAGUAAAGACCGCCCUUAGCAACAACUUUGAUAGUGCUUUUCAUCAAAAGGAAUUUUUGAAAUGUUUAGCCGAGACUGAGUUCGGCAAAUCAUUUAUGGGCCCAUGUCCUAAUUUUUCGAACAUGUAUGAAAUUAUGAAAAUAUCUAUGGAAACAUCUAACAUCAUAAACAUAUCUAAAAUGAUAGAAGACGAAUCCGACAAAUAUUUGUCCGAAUGCAUUGAUAUGUACAAAAAUAAUUGUAACUACGAUGUAGCGUUCAAAAUAGCUAAAUUAGCUGGUUUGCCCAUAGACGAUAUAGUUAUCACAGAAUGGCGUCGAAAGACCUCCGAAUUUCUUGAUGAUGUAGACAGGGAAACUCCUUUAAGUGAUGAGGACCUCGUAAAAUUUAUUGCUGAAUGUAGUGGUGUUCUCAAAGAGUCAGGCGUAACUUGUAAACAAGCUACUGAAUUCCUCAAUAACCUUGUCAAUAACAUAUCAGAGGUAAAGCAAAUGUUUUAUGCGCACAGAAUUGUGAUGAGUUGGUUUGAUGAAAACCACGAAUACGGCGGUGAUAGAGAGCGCACCGAGCAUGGUAUGUGGGAGGCAUAUUUCAAAUGCGAAAAUCAAGACCAAAUAUUCUUAGACAACUAUGAAAGUACUCUGCAUUUUGCGUUAAGCUUACAAAAGAAUGCAAUCGAAUCUCAAAAGUUUGGAGUAGUGACUUCUGAACAACCAUUUUCAUUGACGCUACAUGAAAUUGAAGUUGAAUCAGACGUGGGUAAUAUUGAAAAGGUUGUAAUUUUAGACGACGAAGAAAUUGAUAUUUGGCGAAAGACUAUUAACAGGCUUUUGGAAAUGAGACUCAUUGUGGAGGCUUUUCGUUUAUCUAAAUUGUUCAAGAUUUCUGAUGAGUAUAUGUGUAGAUCUGCCUGUCCAGUGCAAAUAAUGAGAACAUGUCUCAAAUUAGCGGAAGGGACGUGCUCGCCGUAUGAGUUGCCACAAGAGUUGCGUUUAAUUAUUUCGUCGCCAACAUUACAAAACAAAUUAUCACUAUCUGAAACGUCAGACGCAAGUUUCGAAGAGCUAGUGGUGAUACAAGAGAGACAAGAUGGCGACGGUGUGCCGCAAUUUGCUGUGCGACAAGAGGCGGAUCGAUUGUCAGCUUUAGAUGCUCUGGCUGUUAGAAGCGGGCUUGCUGUUGCAAAGCAGGUUGCAAAUUACUUCAGAAUAGCUCUGCAAAUUGGCUGGGAUUAUAUGUCCGUAUUGAAAUAUCAAAAUCGUGCGCUAGAUUUUAUAAGCUUAGUUAGUGGAAAAUCUCGAAUGACGUUGGCGAAUCUUGUCUUUAGGACGUUCAAUGUGCCCACGAAACAGAUUGCUGACUAUUUAUGCAGAGAAAUGGUAUCAGCUAUUAUAUCGCCACAUUUGGUCAAAACAUCCACAUUUCGGCAAAAGGAACAUUUCCAAUACACACUUUGGGGUUAUGUUCUCGAUUCAGACAUCGAAAUGUUCCUAAAUAUGCGACCUGACGCUUGCAGUCACAUUGGAAGGCUUAUUCUAGAUCAUUUAAUAGCUUUUCAAAAAAUUUACAAAGCCAGCAAUUCUAUAAAAAUUCCUGAGAACGUUUUUGAUGAUAGUUGCCUCGAUGUAGAAACUUUAAUCGAUGAAGAGUAUCAAAAUCUAGAUGGUGACGAAAUUGAAUCCAUAUUAACCGAGGAAGGAACAUUGAUGUCGGCUGAAACUGAGUCCAUGUUUUCGGUAUCAACUGUCUAUACAGCAGGAAAUAAAAUGACGAAAGAUUCUAGAAGAAAUCUAUUCGAUGUGAUAUCUAAAAGCAACGUCCACAUUCGCUACGAAGUCAAAUCGAGCAUAAGGAAAAUUACCAAAGGAGCUAAAUUGUCAUCCAAACAGGUGAACACGAUAUCCAUAGAGCUGCUCGUACUAGCGCACGAGUGCUUCUCGUGCGCGUGCGACACGGAGGGCGUGGCGGUGGCGCUGCGGUCGGCGCAGGCGCUCGCCGCCCGCCUGCUCGCCGCGCGCUCCUGGCGCCUCAUGGUGCGCCUGCUCACCGGCCUCGCGCGGUACACUGAGUGCGCGUACAUACUGCAGGCUCUACGCGAAAACCACCAAUUCGAAUAUCUCCUCGGACAAUUCGAUUACAUGCUAGGUCAGAAGCAAGAUAAAAUCGCCGAAUUCAAGCAUGGCCUGCUCGAUUUCCUCAAAACCCACUGUCCGGGAGACACGGAUACAUACAUCAUGGUGGCGUUGCAUUUCAACAUGUAUGCAGAAGCGGCUAAUGUUAAGCGGAAGCAGGCGUUGGAUUUGAUCGACGAUUUGGAGAAGAUGGCCACGGACGCUUCUAAGGCGUCGUCUAAGAAGUCAGCACAGCCGGUUUGGCCGCAGAUACACGAUAAUGUUCCUACGAAGACAUUGUUGGAGACUGCGUUGAACCAUUGUAGUGAUGCGGCAGAGUUAUACCUACAAGGGGGGUGUACGGGCAGUGCGGGGGAGAUGGCAACACUGGCUCAAAGAAUUGCUUUGCAGAUCUCGCUCAUGAACGCAUCGCCAACUAGACUCAUAUUGAAGAGGACGAAUGAACAGAUGUACACGUUGGUCAGCGAAUAUUUGAGUUUCAUGGAAGGUCUCGUAUUACUAGCUGGUAGUGGAGGGGAGACAUGGCGGGAAUUGGCCUAUAGAAGAACGUUAGGCAACGAUCAGGCGUAUUUGAGAGAUAUGGCGGCCUAUCGACCUGAUGUGGCUCAUGAUUUUGUUAAUAGGUAUAAAACGGAAACGAAGAAGACAACUAUCUCACAAGCAGCUAUGACGGAACUACGGAGUCUGCUCAGAUGAUAUUUACUAAAAACUCGAUAGAUCAUCGAUCUCAUUGUAAUUCUCAUACCAUUUACGCAUAUUAUAUCGUUGUUAUUUUAUUUUAUAUUUAAUUAUUAUUAUGUAUUAAUGACAAAAAUUAUUGAAAAUGUAAAUCGCUUUUGAGCUAUAUGGUAAGUACUGUGAUAUGAUUAUGAAUCGACUGAUAAAGACAAAUAUUUUUAUAGAUUUAUGGAUUGUAUGUAUUAAGGAAAUUUUAAUAAACUAUAUCAUGAUACAAAUGAA